UCACUUGCUCCGCCCAUCACUCUCACACUCAGAAGAACAAAGUCAAUUUCACAGAGUCAAUUUCCAAUCGUCUAGAGAAUUAGCAAUGGAGAGGAGAGGAUCAUCAGUGAAGCCAUCAUCACUUGCUAUGGUGUGUGUGGUGUUGGGCCUGUUAAUGGGGGCUCACCAGUCCAUGGCCAGUUUCCCGAGUUGCUACAAGUCCUGCUUCGUCCUCUGUGUCAUCAAGCCUGGGGAGACCGCCUUCAAGUGCGCUUUCCAGUGCCUGAAGGAUUGUCUUGUCCAUUCGGCUUCCCCCUCGCCGGCCAGUGCCCUCAGCGUUGACACCGAUUACUUCUGCAAGCUCGGGUGCUCCACAUCCCUGUGCACUAACCUCAGCACCAAAACCAAUCCCGGUGAAAAGGAAGUGGGUGGCUGUGUGGAGUCUUGCUCAGGGAUGUGCUCCAACCACUGAUUGAUCAUCUUCUUCACCAAGCUAUAUAUAUAGCUGCUCUGGAAGAAAUGCUCCAUAUAUCUCUAUAUGUUUGCACUAAAUAAAUUCAAUUUCUAUUCGGACAAUGGAAAAAGAAAGAAAAACCAAAGUUGUUCGAGUUUGAA